CGAAUUCAAAUCUUGUUCCAGUAUUCGCGCGGUACAAAGUAUGAGUACACGCUCGUCGUGGCUCGCGUAUUUGCAGUGGAUUGUAUUACAUUUUGAUGUGGAUUUUGCGUGUUGGAUACCUAGAGUACUCUAUGUAGUUUUACAUAUCUUUGGACACACCAUCAGUUACGAACUGGAUACCGUGUUUUAUCAUUACACAGGCGCCUUUAUCGUGGGAUUUGUAGCGACUUCUCUGGUUGAUUGCUGAUCACGUUUACGUUUUCUUUCGAUGGUACAUUUAUUUAUCCACGCUUUGCCGGUUUGAUUCCUGCUGACGUAUCACCAAUUUACAAUGGCCCAAAAGGAGAUAAAACAUUUUCUCCUUGUCUCUGUCCCGGGUUACGGACACACCAUCCCCAUGGUAGGAUUGGCGAGGAAGCUGGCAUCUCGCCAACACAAAGUCACCUUCGUCAUCUGCAAAGCUGCCGUGGAGCACAUUCGCAAGAAACAAGAGAUUACACCGGAAGAUGAAAAAUCCAUCCACGUUGUCGGACUGGAAGACGGCAUCGCGGAAAAUGAAUCAGAGGAUAUCGUCUGCUACAUGUCUUUUGUAGGGUUCAAAGACCACGGCGUCCCGGCAAUGCAAAAACUGAUUAAAGGUCUUCCUGUCGCUGGACAGCCGCCCGCAGAUGGUGUAGAACGCUACGGUAUUACCGUGCCAGUUAAUGCGUUGGUAGCGGAUAUUUUUAUUGCUGCCAGUGUAGUCGGGUGUCUGAAACGUAAACUGCCCUACUAUUUUCUAAACUGCUCAUCCAUUGGACCGUUCCGCACUAUUCUGUAUAUCACCGAGCGCACACCGGUAAUCGAAAAGAACGACUUGGAAAGUUUUGAUUUUAUCCGUCCCGAGUCGGAACGCCCACAACCAGCCAUCGGUCAGAUUAUGAAGGGGAUGUGUUUAGGCAUUAACCCGUUCUUGUCCACCGGUAACGGGAUGCUUACCAAUUCGUUCCGGGAAAUUGAACAGCAUUUUAUCGACGAAAUCAAACAGGAUUUGCGUAUGAGCAACAUGGACUAUUACUGCGUUGGACCGUUUAUGCCGGAAGAGAAGGACGAUAAAAAUCCCAGCCACGCCGAACUCGGACAAAAGGUCACACGUUGGUUGGACCGUCAAGCUGAUAAUUCCGUGGUGUAUGUGUCGUUUGGCUCUGUGGUCGUUCCCAACGAGAGCCGUAUCGUGGAGAUUGCUAAGGCUUUGCAGGCGUUGAAAAAGCCGUUUAUUUUCUCCAUCCGCCAGCAUCAGCAGCCCAUUCUGCCGGGUGUUUGCCGUUUAGCGCCGGCCCCAUAUCUACGUUCUCGGUCGUAUUACUGUAGUUACCUCGUCCACUGCUGCAAAAGCACGUGGUAGACAUUAAGCACCAAGCUGCUUAUUUUUUACUAUAAUCAUAUCUGUGUUUUCGACGUCAACAUGUCAUAUUCUGACUUAAGAAUGCUUUAGCUGCAAUUGCGAGGUAAAACAAUGUUGAUCAUUAACAUGCCCAAAUUUAAUUUCUGCUAUCAAUCAGGGUGCCAUUAACUGUCAAGAUCGAAGCGAUUUCGCUAAAACGGUGAUGUAAUGUACUUAAUGUCUUGCCGGUGAAUAGAAAUGUCUGACAGACUUUUUUAGUUGCUGCACAACUGAUGUCAAGUUGUUGGCGGAGCAACAAAAGCAGCUAAUACCCGUCAAUUUCUGGUGAACCAUUACUGUCAUAUCUUUUAAAUUCCUGGGUUUUCUACUCACUCGAUCAUAUAUCUGGUUCGCCCAUUUUAUCUGCAUCUGCUGUCCAAGGGCAUAAAAGGUUGUCCGCAAAUAUCGAGAAAAAAAUUGCAGAAUUGUCUGAAGUGCAGAAUCGCAGAAACUCCUUUGUCGAAGGGCUGUCUCGAUAUUUCCUAAUAAUUAUCAUGUUUCCUUGCUUGUUGCGCAAAUAUUUGUACGCGUGCAUGAACAUUGUCGUAUACUCUUUCUUGAGGACAAGUGCCAUGACAGCAAAUAAGCAAAACUGUACUGUUUCGGAAAUGGUGAUAAAAAAUACGGAAGAACAGCUUCUUCGCUAUGACCCUGAUCUGCUGGACAAACACAUCUACAUGCCUUGUUUCAGUCCGUUUUCUAUCCAGCAUUCAACGGAAAAGUGCAGGAACCCGGAACGAUCCCCGUCGCCGUCAACCAGUACGCUAAACCUCACGUCGGCAGAACAGUUUGCAAACGGUAGCGUGGCACUAAAGGCCUCAGAGUUUAUGGUCCCCGGCAAGAACUACUAUUCUCCCUCAAAAACCUUCCGACUGACUUUGCAAACGGACCAGAAUUUGGUACUUUACCGAGAGUGCGAUAGUGCUCCUGUCUUCGCAAGUAGAACCGAGGCCUUACCACCGGCUAAAGCCUUCCUCUCUAAUGAUGGGAACUUUAUGCUGGGAACUUAUAAUAUAAAUGACAGGAUGGAAACUCUGUACUGGGAUACGGCGACAUGGGGCUAUGGAGAAUCACGCUUACUUGUAUCCGAUCUCGGAUUCUUCUAUCUAUGCAAUUCAGAGUCAUGCUACUGGCGCUCCGCGGGUCAACGUAAUCAAGGUUGCAAUGGAAUAUCAAACUAUGCACCGGCUACGUUUUACCAUUAUGGGGUUAUUCUUAAGGCAGAGGAGGAGAUGGACCUGGGCUCGACUUAUUACUCUAAGAAUGGAGAUUAUUCAUUUAUCAUGUAUGACGUGGCCAGUAACAAUUACCUAACGGUAGUGCGGAAGUGUGAUUGUCGACAAGGUUUCAGAACAGCUUCACUUAAAAGAAUCAGUAGCCUACAUCUGUAUGCGAACGGCAACUUAGUGGCGUAUGAUAGCAAUGGCAGCCCCGUGUGGUGGUCGAUUACCAGUGGGAAUCACGUCGACCCCGAGUUGCGGUUGUACGAUAACGGUUUUUUGUAUCUUUGUGAUCAAAGGGGAUGCUACUGGCAGUCCAGUGGAUUUAUUGAUGCAUGUAACCCAAAGAACGCACGACAGUGCUGA